CAGCUGCAGCAUGUCUUGGAGUUGAAGGAACAAUUAAAGCAAACUCAUUGCAGGAAGGGUGCUUAAUUUCUUACAGCAUUUGUUUAUAGCACUUUAUUAGCAUUGCUAUUUUCUUCUGCUUCAUUGAAAUUAACAUCAAAGUGCUGACCUCUGGAGGGUACAUGCUGGGUCAUGUACAUGAGUACAGUGAUAGCAGUAGGUUUAUGCCUGACUGAGUGCUGAUCUGAGACUAUCUGAAGAGGACCUCCAAGUGCCCUUCUAGAGUGGGAGCUCAAGACGUCACUUGACAAUUACAGAACACCUAGUGCAUUAAGACAACGUCUGUAAAUAUGCAGAGAGUGGUACACGUGAUUUAGAUAUGAAGGAGAACUCUUAAACAUUGUGGGGAAAUAUAUGCCUAGAAGAUGGACUGUGACUUCUUCAGUGAAAGCAACUAAACGUGGUUCUUUUUCUAUUAUUAUUUAAAGAAAAUAUUUGGAUCCAGUGACAGAAUGCAAGUUUAGCUAUUCAACUAUUGCUACACAAUGUGUCUUUUCCUGGAUUUGCCUCCGAGUGUGAAAGCAUUUUUGUAGAUUUCUGACAUCAAAUAACAGCUGCUGAAGAGGAGAAGCAAUUAAUGUAUUCUGUGCAUCAAGAUGCUAGUGGUAGUAUUGUGAAAUAUGCUAUAGACUUUCAAGUUCAUCAAGCAGAAGUUCAUAUUAACCCACAAGUGCAAUAGGGGGUCUAGAAAUAUUUUUGGCUUCCUUUUUGUUGUUGCUGUUGUUUUGAAGAGAAGUGAAAUACAAUUAGACUUCACCUUCUGAUCUUAUAGUUUUUGGAAACUUGAAAAAACAACAAAAACCUUCUCUCUUAGAGUAGCAUUUGCAUAUCCUGAACAGUAAAGGCUACAAGAGGUUUGUGUCUCAUUGUGUGAAACAAUUCUAGAAAAGGUUAUUGUGAAGGUACACACAAUGUCACAUCGUAGAUAUUCAACAGAAGCCCAAGAAAAUAGUUCCCAAAUUCUUCACAGACUCAGCCGCGUCUUUCACAAUGUUUUCUCAGGAGUACAGUGUUGUCUCACAAAUGGGCGAAAACGUCACAGCUGUUCUGAUGAAAUCAUGCAUCAAGAUAACAUUCUCCUCCAGGCUGAAGAUAUUGAGGAGCAGCUAAGGAAGAAGUUUGCCUAUUUGUCAGGUGGCCGAGGGAAAGAUGGCUGCCCAGUCAUCACUUUUCCAGAGUACUCUGCAUUCAGCGAAAUUUCAGAUAAAGACUUUCAGAGUGUUCUGACAUACCUUACUAAUAUCCCUAGUUCACAAGAUGCUGGAAUUGGAUUUAUACUUGUCAUAGACCGAAGGCAAGACAAAUGGACCUCAGUACAAGCUUCUCUAGUGCGAAUUGCGGCAUCAUUCCCAGGAAAUUUGCAGCUAGUACUGGUUUUACGCCCAACUGGAUUCUUCCACAGAACUCUCUUCGACAUAGCAUUCAGAUUCCAUAGAGAUGAUUAUAAGAUGAAGGUACCGAUCAUAAUGCUGAGCUCAUUAACAGAAUUGAAUGGCUACAUUGACAAAACACAGCUAACAGAAGAUCUUGGUGGCACUCUGGAUUAUUGCCACAACAGGUGGCUGACACAUCGUACUGCUAUAGAGAACUUUGCUUUAAUGGUUAAACAUACAGCUCAAACACUUCGGUCCUUUGGGACUGAGCUGUCAGAAACAGAGCUCCCAAAUGAUGCACAAUCCACCAGUUCCCUUCUUGCAGCACAUACUGAAAGCAAGGACAAAAUGAAGGAGGAUCUCAGGAUAGCAUUAAGACAAGGUUAUGACAUUCUCCAAAGUAUUAGAAAACCAGUUCUAGACAACCCAGAAUACAGAAUGAAUCCGGAUCAAAUUGAAAAUCAAAUUACCGUGGAGAGACUUUUAGCUCAGCUAAAUGAAACGGAAACAGCCUUUGAUGAUUUUUGGUCUAAACACCAUCAGAAGCUUGAGCAGUGCUUACAACUUAGACAUUUUGAACUGGAUUUCAAAGAGAUCAAAGCUUCUCUGGAUACUGUGUCUGAGAAGCUGUCUUGUUUCACUGACAUAGGAAAUAGUUGUUCACAUGUGGAGCAUAUUCUGAAAGAUCUUGCCAGCUUUGAAGAAAACUUACUACAAGAAAUUCUGGAAAAGGCCAGAAUACUGAUUUUUGAAGGUGAUCAGUUUAUAAAAAGCAACCAUUAUGCUGUGGAUUCUAUUCUACCGAAGUGCAAUGAACUCCAACACCACAGUGACACACUUACUGCUGAAUUUAAUAAAAGAAGGGCUCUCCUGAACUGUUCACAUGAAUUACAUAGCCUGUUGGAGAAGUCCAUGAAGUGGUGUGAUGAAGGAAUUUACCUUCUGGCUUCGCAGCCCGUAGACAAAUGUCAGUCCCAGGAUGGAGCAGAAUCGGCUUUACAGGAGAUAGAGAGAUUUUUGGACACUGGUGCAGGCAAUAAGCUCAAGCAACUGAAUUCCUUGUACAAAGAAUAUGAAACCAUCCUUAGUGAGGACUUAAUGGACCACUUGCAAAAAGUUUUUCAGAAGCAGAAAAGCACAGAAGAAAUGUUUCAAAAGAGGCAAGUCAGUCUUAAGAAACUGGCAGCUAAACAGACUCGUCCAGUUCAGCCUGUGGCACCUAGACCAGAGAUCUCUGUAAAAUUGCCUUGUCCUUCUCUAGGCCUUCAAAGAGAUCCGGAAGACCCGCCCAGCCCUCAUAUGGUUCGUAGAAUGAACUACAGAAGAACCAAGAGUGAAAUGAGUGAAAUUCACCAAACUAGAGGCAGCUCUAUGAUGGAUGAUGAAGAAAAUCUAGCUGUGUUACGGAAACAUGUAAUUAAUGAGCUUCUUGAUACAGAACGUUUUUAUGUGGAAGAACUUCUAUGCGUUCUUGAGGGUUAUGCUGCAGAGAUGGACAACCCCUUAAUGGCACAUCUCAUUUUGCCAGGGCUGCAGAAUAAGAAAGAUGUUUUGUUUGGAAAUAUGGAAGAAAUCUAUCAUUUUCACAACAGAAUAUUCUUGAGAGAACUAGAAAAUUACAUAGAAUAUCCAGAACUAGUAGGAAGGUGUUUCCUUGAAAGGAUGGAAGACUUUCAGAUUUAUGAAAAAUAUUGUCAAAAUAAGCCUCGAUCUGAGAGUCUGUGGAGACAGUUCUCAGACUCUGUAUUCUUUCAGGAGUGUCAGAAAAAACUUGACCACAAAUUGAGUUUGGAUUCCUAUUUAUUGAAACCAGUUCAAAGAAUAACUAAAUAUCAGCUGUUGCUAAAGGAAAUGCUAAAAUACAGUAAAAACUGUGAAGGUGCUGAAGAUCUCCAAGAGGCGCUAACUUCAAUAAUGGGGAUUCUUAAAGCAGUUAACGAUUCUAUGCAUCAGAUUGCAAUCACUGGCUAUGAUGGAAACCUCAAUGAACUGGGCAAGCUUUUAAUGCAGGGAUCCUUCAGUGUAUGGACUGAUCAUAAAAAGGGUCACUCAAAAGUGAAGGACCUAGCACGGUUCAAACCAAUGCAGAGGCACCUCUUUCUCCAUGAGAAGGCAAUAUUGUUCUGUAAAAGGAGAGAAGAAAAUGGAGAAGGGUAUGAAAAAGCACCUUCAUACAGCUAUAAGCAUUCCCUAAAUAUGACUGCAGUUGGAAUAACGGAGAACGUCAAAGGUGAUGGUAAAAAAUUUGAAAUCUGGUAUAAUGCAAGGGAAGAAGUGUACAUAAUACAGGCUCCAACUCCUGAAAUCAAAGCCACAUGGGUAAAUGAAAUUAGAAAAGUAUUGACCAGUCAACUGCAAGCAUGCAGACAAGCUAUCCAGCAUAGAGUUGUAGAACAUACACACAGUUUUCCUCUGCCUCCAUCAUCUAAUACCAGUCCUUCAAGAAAUCAAAGGAGAACUAUUGGGAAACAGCAGGAAGGAAGAAAUGUUGUAAGUCCUGAUGGUUCUGUGGCUUCAAUAGCACCAAAAUGUCCUGAAAAAAGCAAAGAAACAGCAUCUCCUACUGCUAAAAGCCAGACUUUGCCAAUGAUCUUUCUUUCAGGAACAGCUUCUCCUACCAACUCUGACAAAAACACUAAACGGCAUGAAGUAAAGAGUGAUCCAACUCCUUUGGGUUUGAGAGAUGCAAGUUCUAUUUUAACAUGGAACAGGGCCAAGUGGGUCAGCACUACUUAUCUGUUGCUAGCAGCCCAGCGCAGGCAAGGAUGGUCUAAGACUCUUGAAGCUUCUGAAGAAAAUGAUGGUUGGUCUAGUGCUGAGGACCCACUUAAUUCAUCAGAUGCAGAGGAGGAAGGAAGAGGAGAGAAGAAGCUGAGUCCUGGUAAAUACACUAUCGUGGCUGAUUAUGACAAAGGAGGCUCUGAAGACCUGAUGCUGAAAUGUGGAGAAUUAGUUCAGCUGAUUCACGAAGGAGAAGAUGGACUCUGGUAUAUAAAGAAUCUGAGCACAAACAAAGAAGGUUGGGUCCCAGUCAAUAGUCUGUUGAUGCUUGUUGGCAACUCAAAAUCUGCUGCAUCUCUGAGCAGUACAGGUAAGAUGGAAUCUGCAGCUGGUUCGAGUACAUUGAGCUCAUCUUCAAGCUACAGUGAAAGUUGCAACGUUGGUAGCACCAGCUUCUCGGACAUUAAGGGCUGACGUUUAAACUCCACUCAAACUCUCAUGAAGCUGUCCACUUCUAAUGUGAAUACUGGAUAUUAGACAAAACAGAGAAGCACCAUACUUCUCCCGUCCUUUAUGUUUUUUUCAUAUUGAAAUGGUAGUUUACAAAGUUGUUUUAAAGAGACCUGAAUGAAAAUGUGAAAUAUUUGUCAGGAGCAAGGAAUAGGACAGCUUGUUAGAAAGAAGUUUGUUUGAAAGUUGCAUGUGGAGAAUCUAUCAUUUUGAUACAACAGAAUGCACCUUGCUUGGAUAAUGUGGGGAAAUAUUGUGAAGAGACCAGAUUGUGUCUGUGUAAAUCUGUACAGUAAAACAAUAAAUAUUAGGUUAAUAUGCAAUGUAGAAAGAAAGUGAGAUGCCUGAUCUGUGUGAAGUGAGCUGAAAAGAAAUCUCCUGGGCUCAAUGUGUAAUACAUGGAAGAUCUCUUCUAGCAUCAGGGGAUUCAGUUCUGAUCUGGCUACUCUAUUCUGACUUUGUGUUUUUUAACCUCUGUGCUUUUACAUAGCCAUAGGCUUUGUGAUAAGGCUGUGCUGUGAAAAAAACCAACAGUUUCACUUCAACAGAGACAAUACUUUUUUCUUUUUUAAAAACAGUUUAUGACAAUGGCCAUUUUGAGGGGGUUUUCUUAACCACAACCAAAUUCUAUAAGAAUAAUUGUUUACAGAAUGCUGGCGAUUUGAUAAGUUGUUUGAUAAAACAAAACAUAUUUUUUUAAUUAUGGAGCAAGAACACUGAAACAUGUUUUAUAUUAGUUAAGGUAUUUCUCAAUGCUAUGUGAUGCCAUGCAAUUGUAAUUCCAAGAGUUAGAAAAGAACCUUGAGCUAAUAAAUGAAGCUCUUCCAAUUUACUCUGCAAACUGAAAUCCUUUCUGCUGCAUAACGUUCAUUGUGAAAUUAAGAGCUUUGUUUGAGGUUCAAGAAAAGCUGUUGCAAAAUUUUUUAAAGAAAACAAAGGAAAAUCAUAACCAUUUUUUCUAUAUGCAAGGUAAAUUGAUUCUAUAUAUAAAUCUGCCCCCCUCAGAAAACUAUUCACAAAUUUGCCUUUCAAAUGCAAGGAGUAUCUAAACUUGUGUAUAGCCAUCCUAGAUUCUCCCAUACUUUUAGUGCAUGUCAUGUGUACCUCAUCCAUGUAUUGUAGAGCAAAAAGUCACUUCAAAGUUGGCAACUUGACUUUCAGCACCAGGCAACUGAGAUCUGGCAUGAUAUGACUAACUUGGAUUUCCUUUCUGAAGAAUAAAAAGUGUCUCAGAAGGUCAACUUUUUGUUCUAAAUGCCAGAAACUGGUUUUGGCUCACUGUUACUAUCAAACUGGCCCUGGUCAGAGCAGAUUUUUAUAUCUCGUUGUAUAUGUUUAUGUGUCUAUUGAUGUAAAAAUAUGUAUUUAUAUUCUUCAGGCUGCUAAAGAUGCCUCUGUAUGUACUUGUGUUUCUUCAGAAGGCAGCAAUGUGAAGGCUCCCCAAGGCUUUACUUUUAUACACAGUUUCCAGCACAGAAAGAUGCAUCUCUUCACGUUAUCUUACACAACAUGACUGUGCCAACCAAGGCACAGUCUGUUCUGUGGUAAUAAUACAGUAGCAAUAGUCUCUGUAACUUAUUUUGUAAAUAUGAGUGUUAUAAAAUACUCAACUGUGUUGCUCCAAAAAUUGUGCUGGGAUGAAACACUGGAUGCAAUACCAAUGCACGGAUGGGGCCUCAUAAUUAUGCUGUUCCCAGUGUGGCAAGCAUAGGAGUCUGACAAACAAUAAACAACCUUUUCACACACAGUGGGGAAAGUAGUUUAUUGCUUCUCUUGCUCAUAUAAAGAAACUGCUGUGGAGGGUAACGUCUGUAGAGCUCUCUAAUGUCAAAUACUGUAUCUCUUCCCUUUGUCCACUGAAAGUAUCUUUUUCUUUAUUCACAUGGUCGUAUUUGUCCAUUGCACUUUAAUACAGUCCACAUUUCAAUUUUCUACUGCUGUUGUAAAUUCCUACUACAGAAUCCACUGGCUUCAUUGUAUGUAUGAAACUUAAAUAAAUUUCAACAUUUCUUUCUGGGUGGCCAUGGGUCAA